AUGAAUCCCGCUCAGUUCACCAACCCUGGCGGGGGCAUGCCUGGUGCAGUCGCGCCGGGCAUGCAGCCGCCCAAGAACGAGAAUGCUCAGGCCAUCAUGGCCCAUGUCGCCCAUGUCUUGUCGAACCAAGGACCGUACACUGGAUGGAAGGCUGAGGUUCCGAUCAAGAACCGGGCGAUGAACGUUUAUCAAAUGAUUACUUCCCUUCGUCUCAUCCAACCUCGGAUCGAUAUCAACCAGGCCGCCCAGGCCGCGCUGAGUUUUGAGCAGAAGUCCUUCCAAAAGGCCAACGAACGUGCCGAAUAUGAUAAGGAAUGUAUGGAGAAGCUACUCCACAUCAAGGAUACUCGACAGAGACAGGCCGCCGUCGCGAUACAAAGUGGUAUGUCCCUCCAGGGAGGUGCCAUGCCGAACCAACCCCAGGGUGCUUUCCCGCAACAGAUGAAUCCGGCCAUGCAGACGUCGCCCAUUCAGAGCCAGCCACAGAUGGCGAUGGGAAUGAACAACAUGAGCCAGCAGGCGGCAAUGCAACAGCGUCGACAACAAUCGGCCGCGAUGCUUCAGCAACAACAACAGCAGCAGCAGCAGCAGCAGCAGCAACAACAACAACAACAGCAGCAACAGCAGCAACAGCAGCAACAGCAGCAGCAGCAGCAGCAACAGCAACAACAGCAGCAUCAACAGCAGCAACAGCAACAGCGAGCCCAGCAACGCCCCGGCAAUGGCGCCCCCCUCCCCGAUGAUCUGAAUACCCUCUCCCAACAAGAACUCGACCAUGUGGCCCGUCUGGCUUCGCAAAUGCAGUCGAAGACCUCGCCCGAAGACAUGGAGAAGAUUAGGAUGAAUCUGUCGAACAUGAAUCCAGAGCAGCAGCAGUACUUGGCUCGAAAGAAUCUAGAUCCGUUGACCUAUUUCUUCCGCUCGCAAGCACUGAAUCAACUGAGAAGGCACCGUCGCGCUCGCAUGGAGAUGGGUCGUGGCCAAAUACCUAACCAAGAUGGAAUGAUGGCUGGUGGUGAUCCUAUGAACAAUCCUCAGAUGUUCCAAAACAUGAUGAACCUCCAACGCAACUCCGCCUUUUCCGGAAGCCCCGGCCAGAGUCUUGAUCCUUCGAAUCCCUUCAUCGGAACUGUAAAUGUGGAGAAUAUCCAAGGCCAGCAGGCAGACGGGUUGCGAUCGCAGGAAGCGGGCCAGCUGGUUGUCCCCGCCAGCUCGUCACAAAUGAACCACCAGGCUUUUCCAAAUCAGCAGAACAUGUUCCCACAGGGAAUGGGUCAGAACGGCCAAGCCAACAUGAACGGAGCCAACGUCAACCCUCAUAUGUUCAACCAGCAGCAGAUGCAAAACAGCAACCAGUUUCAGUCCCAACAGUCCCAAGCCCAGGCUCACGCACAGGCUCGUGCUCAAGCAGCCCAGAAGGCUCAGAUGGCGAUGUCAGGACAUGGUGGUCAGGCAAACCCUCAGUCGCAACCCCAUAUCCCCCAGCAAAGCCCGGCGAUGCCAAUGUUGAACCAACCAAUGCCUGGUCAGAUGUCUCCAGCUCAAGUCUCUGCCCAAUCUCGACCUCCGUCCCGUCCACCAAACAUGGGCCAACAACCUGGCAGUGUCUCGCAGCCUGGAAUGCAAGCUAGACCGCAGCUUCCUCCGAAUCUUCCCCCACAGAUCAAGAACCAGCUACAGCAGAUGACCAACGAGCAACUAAAUGCUUUCUUUCUGAAUCAGCAGCGCCGCGCCAACUUGGCAAACAACAUGGCUCGAGGUAACGCCCCUCAGCCGCCUGGCUCUCUUCAGCAGACUGCAUCGCAACCCGGUCAGAACCCGGCAAUGACAACUGGACAGAUGGCAAACAAUCGUAUGAGGAACUCGAUGAGCAUGCAACCGGGCAUGAAUGCAGGACAGACCCAAGCACAGCAGCUUCAAGGUCAGCAGCUGACGCCGCAGCAACAACAACAACAGCAGCAACAGCAACAGCAACAACAGCAACAACAACAGCAGCAGCAGCAGCAACAACGGCAACGGCAGCAAGAGCUCCACCAGAUGCAACUCAUGCGCAACCAGAACAAUGGGAUUGAGAUGAACCAGGAGCAAGUCAAACAAAUGGACCAGGUUCCCUUCCCGCCGUCCAUUAUCAGCAAUUCUUCCUCUCAGGUGCCGAAGACCAUCAAGACCUGGGGCCAGCUCAAGCAAUGGGCCGCUUCAAAUCCACAAGCCUCGAAUGGCGUCGAUCUGCCGAAACUCAUGACUCUUCAAAAACUUCAUUUCGCGCAGGUUGUCAGUAACCAGGCUAAGGACCCCAAUGCACAGGGUGCGGGACUUCCUUUCAAAGGAGUUCAACCCCAGAUGGCAAACACGCAGAGCGGCACACAAAAUUUCCAGCCCGCCCAGCCGCAGCCUCCUAUUAACAUGCCAACCAUGCGCCCAAUUACCGCUCAAGACGUUCUUAUGGCCCGUCAAAAGCUGGGGCCUAACUCUGUAAACUUCACCGACGAUCAGAUUCGCGAGAUCUUACGCAACCGCCAGAGACAGAUUCUCAUGCAAGCUGCUCAGACUCGAGCACAGAUGACAGGAAACAUGCCAUCGGCUCCGAACCAAUCAAUUCAACAGCCUCCAGUCUCUGUACCCCAGCCCGGCCCGUCGGCGAAGCCUCCGACACCACAUCAGCCCCAGGUACCAGAUCCUGCGAAGGCGCAGACUGCAGCCGCAGCCAAGGCAACCAAGGUGCCGCCUGCCAAACAGGCCUCGAAGAAAAGACCUAACGCCGAUGAAACUGCCGAGACUCGCGUCACGGCCAUGCCUCAGCAGCCUCAACCCGCAGCACCCCCUGGCGGGCCUGCUAGACCUGGUGCUCAGUUCACACAGGAGCAAAUUGCCCAGAUGAGCCCGCAGCAGCGUUCACAGGUCGAGGCUCAAAUCCGUCGACAGCAAAGUGUGCAAUUCCGUGGCUCAGUUCUCAACCGGGCGAUGGCAGAAGAAGCCUGGAACAAGAACCUCCCGGCCAAGGUCAUGGAGGUUUACACCGAAAUCGCCAAGAACGCACCUGCUUCGAAGCCCAUACCUGUUUCUCCAGAGCAGAAGGCAAUCAUGACUCAGCAGUUGCGUGAUUCUUUGGAUGUGCUUGGUCGAUUGGAUGUCUUGGUGUUACACGGAUUUCCCCGGCUGCAAGGCCAGGAGAAGAACGUGAGGAAUCUUCUUGCCAUGCGAAUUCAGUUGAUGCGGCAGUUCAAACCUUCAGCCGAAUGGGUUAUCAACGAGCAGUUUACAAUCACUCCGGAUUAUUUGACCGGCUCUAUUCUUUUCAUUCGAAAAUUAUUCCAGGUUAUGAUGCUUCGUAUGAACCAGCAACGGUCCAACGCCAACCAACAGCAACAACAAGCUGCUUCCUCGGGUCCUCCGAGCACACAGCCUGGCACAUCUGCAUUGAACGCGACCAAUCUCCAACAGCUCCAGCGGCAGCAGGAAGAAGAAGCUCUCCAACGAGCCCGUCGCGCCUCUAGCCAAUCUGCAAGUGUCGCGCCAGCGCCAUUUGGAGCGCCGUCUCCCUCGGGAGUUCCACACGCUUAUGGCCCCGGUGGUCUUGCUCCCGAGAAGCUGAAGCUUCCUCCGCCUAAGAAGAGAAAGCAAUCCCAUGCUGGUCCCAGUGCCUCUCCCGUGCAGGCCAGCGCUACCCCCGUUGCCGCUGCGAAGUACAAGCAGGACGUGGCAGAGGCCAAGUCCCAAGCCGCAGCUUUAUCUCGAGGAGGGCCGUGGACGUGCGCUAUUGCCGAGUGCCCACGUCACCUUCAAGGCUACACGACCCAAACCGGGUUGGAGAUGCACAUGAGAGCCGACCACAUAGCGGAGGAAGAAGAGACGCCUGAGGACGUUAUGCAGUAUUAUCUUGACAGCAUCGACCUUGGCCUGGGCCUUGACCCGAAGACCUUGCAGGCCAAGGCGGCCGCCACAGCAGCUGCAUCUGGUCCCAACAAGCUUAGUGUAGCCUCUCCUGCCAAGCCGGCUCCGGUGACCCCCACCGCUACCCCUAUGUUGCACGCGGCUAGCGUCCUGGGAGCCAAGACUGCUUCUCCUGCCAUAUCCACCCAGCAACUCACUCCUGGCCGGGCUGGCAAGAAUGUCAAGCCUUCACCGGGCAAGGAUAACCAGAAGGAUCUCAGCAAGGUUGAUGGGCUGAGGGAUCCGUGGGCGGACGCCCCGAUGUCUCUGGAGAAGAUCCACGACACCUUCCAGCCCAUAUUUGCGGAAUGCCGACGCCGCGAAAUGGGCUACGACCCCUUCGAAGAGUUUAUGAAUGCCGACAUGUUCUCUGGAGAACAGUCCGACAGCACCCCCGACUCCUUGGAUGUUGCCCUAGCGACUCAGACCCCCGAGGACAAAAACAACCCCGACACCAAGGAAUCCGUCAAAUGGCCCGAUUGGAUGCCCUGGGAUGCCGAAUCACUGGAGGCAUCGGCUGGGUGGAUGGCUAUUCCUCCUACCAUCGCUUUGGACGACCAGCUUCUCACUGGUGGUGCGGAGGCCCUUCAAGUUGACUUCGAGCGUCUCCAGCGCAUGCACCAGGAGUCGAAGAAUCUCGACAGCGCCCACCUUCCCAUUCCUGCCUUGUGA